AUGACUGGGAUGCGUGGGAGAGUACCGUCAUGGUAUAUAUCGACGGAAGUCAUUCGGAAGAACCCGCUCAAGUGGCGUGAGGUAGAGGCUGUCUAUUUACCCUUCAAUGUCAACGACAACCAUUGGGUUAUGAUAUGCAUAGACUUCGUUGAAGGUGAGAUCGUUGUCUGGGACUCCCUGAUGGCAAUUACCCCAGAUGCAUCAUUGGAGGAGCAACUGAACGUCAUGCGCGCAGUUAUCCCGCCGUUAUUGCAUAAAUCUCAGGCCAUCACGGUACGUCCAAACCUACCAAUGACACCAUGGCGAAUUAGUAGGGUUACGUCGACACCACAGCAGUUUGGUAGUGGAGAUUGCGGCAUUUUUUGUGUUAAGUAUUUUGAAUAUGAUGUAACAGGGACUUCUUUAGAAACAUUGAGGCAAAACAAUAUGUCAUACUUUAGGAGGCAAUUUGCCUUCCGGCUAUGA